AUGGCUACAGUCGCAACAAGGACAACAACUGUGAGCUCACAGCCACUUGUAGGACAACCGACGUUGAAAUCAUUACCCCAGAGCCAGAGAGUUCUUUUGCUUCACGGGAAGGGUCAGCAGUACCAGGUUCAUGCCGAUGGUGAUGUGCCUCAGUUGAGAUAUGGGGAUCUUCUGGUCGAGAUCCACGCCAUCGGCCUCAACCCCAUUGACUGGAAGUCGGCUGCCUUCGGCUUCGGACUGCCUCAGCUCCCCAGUCUGAAUAGACGCGAGUUUGUUGGCAAGAUUGUCGCCUCAGAGGUCGAAGAGGAAUGCGCGCUCAAGCCUGGAGAAUGGGUGCUAGCCGUCUCGACAGACUAUAGAGAUUUCAGAAAGGCAGCUUUUCAAGAAUUUGCCAUCGUGUGCUGCUACAACGCGGUUCGGAUCCCCUGUCAUAUCGACCCCUUCCGAGUCGCAUCCAUCGGCGUAGCCUAUGUCGCGGCCGGCCUUGCCCUGGGAGUCUGUUUAGGGGUUUUGUUCACCAAGGAGAGUAAUCGGAGACCAUUCAAUCUACUCGACGUUGCUCGAAAAUACACCGAAGGUGUAUCGGAAGACGUCGCUCCAGAGAUAUAUCAAGGCAUACCCCUGGAAUCUCGACCACAGCCAGGAGACUGGAUACUUGUCUAUGGAGCAUCGAGCAUCACUGCACAAGUGGCUAUCCAGCUGGCCAAGAUGUCAGGGCUCAGGGUAGUGGGCGUUGCCAAUCUGGACAAGCAUCGAAGACUCCUCGAGUCACUCAGAACUGAUCACCUCAUCGACCGCACCGACCUUGAUCAUGCAAAGACAGAGAUCACUAGUCUCUUUCCCGGCUCGCUGCGCUUUGCCAUCGAUACAGUCGGCGGCGAAACUGCAUCCUGGUGCCAAGGUGUACUGGCGGCUCAACACAGCCAACAUGCACACGGUUCUUCUCAUCUUGUAGCACUUACGGGAAAGCCCAAAACUGCAUGUCCGAGUGUGCGGGUGCACAGUGUGCCAAUCAAGCUGUUUCAUGCCAACAGGAAGGUUGGUGGCCACCUCAGCAAGUGGCUGCACGAGUUGCUCGACGGGGGCAAGCUGCAUCUCCCAGAGGUGGAGUAUGUAGAUGGAGGGCUCGAUGCGGUGAACUCAGCCUUGGAUAGAUUGAAGACGGGCAGUAUAUCUGGCAGAAGGUUGGUUGUGACAGUCAAGCAGCCCGUCGAUAUGUCUGGCGAAGACCCAGCACUACAAUCACAACUAGCAGGAUAG